AUGGUCAAGAAUCAUAAUGUGUUCAUGAAGCUGGAUGCUGACCCGGAGCCGGCCGGUCAGGGACACCCCUGCACUCCCGCCAGGAGGGACUUCCCGGUAAGCGCAGGAUCCCCUAGCCUGCUCUCCCCUCCCCCAUCCUCCCCCACCUCCCUCCCGGAGGUCCAGGUCCGGGAGGUGUCAGCCGCCCUCCGAAAGCCGCGGCUGCGCUCGCGGCGGGAGUCCCAGGCCCCGAGGCCGCCCCAGGCCCGAGCACUCACCGUGUCAGAGGCCGCGGCCGCGGGAGACGUGGUUGGAGGCCGCGGCGGCUGCGCGCUGAGCAGCUUCCUGCCGUCCGCGUUGAGCGAUCUUCGCCGGGGCGGCCCGACGCCGAGGAGCCCGUGGCCGGGAGGGUCUGCCGUUGCCCGCCGCCCGAGACCAGGACCCCGACUCACGAGUGCUGGGACAAUGCUGCAAAGAAUGGCGAGGUUGAUUGCCAGGGUCCAUCAGCUGAACCAUGGACGUUUCUUGCAUGCGGGGACCCAAGCACCCCAAAGCAUUGCUGCCCGCCUAGAUGACCAGGCUCCAGGUGAGAGCCCUAGAGCUCUUUCCCGCACCCGAGAGUGUGACCCGGCCAACCAUGGUGAGCAACAUGAGGGUCAGCACUACAGCAUCUCCCUCCAGGACAUGAAGACUGUUUUCCCCCACGGCCUGCCUCCUCGUUAUGUAAUGCAGGUGAAGACAUUCGGUGAAGCUUGUCUGAUGGUCAGGAAACCAGCCCUAGAGCUUCUACAGUACCUGAAAACCACCAACUUCACACACCCGGCUGUGCGCUAUGUUCUCUAUGGGGAGAAGGGCACGGGGAAAACCCUCAGUCUCUGCCAUGCGGUCCACUUCUGUGCAAAACAAGACUGGCUGGUCCUGCAUAUUCCAGAUGCUCAUCGUUGGGUGAAAAAUUGUAGGAAUCUUUUGCAGUCCACCUACAACAAACAGCGCUUGGAUCAACCUUUAGAGGCUUCGACCUGGCUAAAGAAUUUCAAAACGUCAAAUGAGCGCUUCCUGAGCCAGAUAAAAGUUGAAGAGAAGUAUGUCUGGAACAAGCGCGAGAGCACAGAGCAAGGCAGCCCUCUGGGAGAAGUGGUUGAACAGGGCAUUACGCGGGUGAAGAAUGCCACAGAUGCCGUGGGGAUUGUGCUGAAAGAGCUCAGAAGGCAAAGUGCUUUGGGUGCUUUUCACCUCCUGGUGGCAGUGGAUGGAGUCAACGCUCUCUGGGGGAGAACCACCCUGAAGAGAGAAGAUAAGAGCCCGAUAGCCCCAGAGGAACUAGCGCUUGUUCACCAUCUGAGGAAAAUGGUGAAGAAUGAUUGGCAUGGAGGCGCCAUCGUGCUGACUUUGAGCCAGACUGGCUCGCUCUUUAAGCCCCGGUCAGCCUACCUGCCCCACGAACUGCUGGGAAAGGUGAGCGCAGCCUGUGCCUAUUGCCAUUCUGUCUAAAGGGGCCAUCACCCCGCUUCUCCUCGUCGUGUGCAUUUUGAUGUCACUUCGGCCUUCACCCAGACAUCCAGAAGGCUGGCAUUU